GAAGCUGCUCGAAUUCGACCUCCCAACGGUUGCUUGGCCCAGCUCAGCUCAGCUGCCCGCCUGCAGUUACUGCAGUCGUUUCUGCAAGGGUUUAAGGAGCAGUCGUCGUCGUCGUUGUCUUCGUCGUCGUCGUCGUCAUCAUCAGCUGGAUUUAUUCUAUUGCCACUGUCGCAGGUUGUGCCAGAGCCCUUCCCUGCUUAUAUCCUCCCUGCUGAGCUCUGUCUGCACAACACAUCUCAACUCAGGCGCACUUCCUCCUCCCCCGGGUUCUUCUAUCUCGCUCUCUCUCCCUCUCUCCCCCGCUGCCCCUGUUCCCCAGGGUCGUCGUCCUCUGGCGCCUUCUCUGCCCUUCUCUUCUCUUCUCUUCUCGACUCGUCUCUUCGCUCAUCUGCCUUGCCUUUCACUCUCCUUCAUUCCACCGAGCUGACACCUGCAUCGCCUCUGUGACAGUCUUCUCCUCUGAGUCGUUCGAUCGAUUUUCUCCGUCGUGCGUCUCGGAAGUUUGUCUCUCUUUCUCUCUGUCUCCUCUCGUCCGUCGGUCGCAUCGUUCUCCGUAGUUCAGAGCUCAGGGUUGUACAGGUCGAUAGACAUUGCGGCCGGCUCCGCACGAGCAGCAGCAGCCAUGGCGAGCUUCGGCAAGAAGGCAGUGGUGGCCAUGCAUGUCGUGGCCAUGGCGAUGUGCGUGAUGAUCGCGCUUACGCAGGUGCAGACCGUCAGCGCGCGGUCGACAUCGGUGUUCUCGGCCUCGGUCAAUCAUCUGCGCCACGGGCAGCACCACGACGGCGUGCACCCGCAUCUGAGAACGCAUUCGCGCAAGCUGUCGUCGCUGGUGCAGACGCCGCCGCUGCUCGUGCCGUAUCACAGCGGGCCCAUCUUGUCCUCCGACUCGGAAAUUCCCAUCUACAUUAUCUGGUACGGCGAAUUCAGCGCGGCGCAGCGAGCGACCGUGACGGAUUUCUUCGCUUCUUUCGCGCACGAGGCCGAUGGCGGCGGUGAGCCCAGCGUGAGGGGCUGGUGGAAGGCGACUGGGGCUUACAGAGAUGGCAGCGGGGCAGCCGUCUCGGCCGCGGUGGAGCUCAAGGGCGAGGCGGUCGACGACUACUCGAAGGGCAAGACGCUGAGCAAAGAAGAUGUCCAAUGUCUCGUGGAAGGGGCUCUGGCCUCGGGCGCAUUCCCCGCGGACGCCGGCGCAGUCUACUUCGUGCUGACGGCUGAGGACGUGAAUGUCGGCACCUUCUGCAUGAACACCUGCGGAUCGCACCAUUUCAUUGCGCCCAAGGGCGUCACGCAGCACAAGCAAUUGCCGUUCGCGUGGGUCGGGAACCCCGGGACGAAGUGCGCCGGCCGCUGCGCCUGGCCCUUCGCCAAGCCCCAGUAUGGCCCUCAGACCGAGCCCCUCGUUGCGCCCAGCGGAGACGUGGGGCUCGACGGCAUGCUCAUCAACAUUGCCGCCGUGCUGGCCGGCGCUGCCACCAACCCCUUCGGCAACGCUUUCUUCCAGGGCGACGCCUCGGCGCCGCUCGAAGCCGCCACUGCAUGCGCAGGCACCUACGGCGAUGGCGCAUUCCCUGGCUUCCCUGGCGCUCUUCUGGUGGAUCCAGCCUCCGGCGCCAGCUACAACGCCGUCGGCUUGAAUGGCCGCCAGUUUCUUCUGCCCGCUCUCUACGAUCCGACCACGCUGUCUUGUCGCGUGGCUUACAGCCCGGCCAUCGAUUUGGUGGUUAUGGAUGAAGGUGGCAGCAGCAGCAGCCGUGUGGACUCUCAGUAGGUGGCCGGAUGGUUGGUUUUACGACCCAGUCUGUUCUUGCGGAUCGUGAGGUCGGGAGAUGAUCUUCUUUGGCCUCACAGGUUCGUCGCUCGUCAGCUUGGAAGUGCGUUUGUGCUGUUGCAUGAGGCUGCACUGGAGCUGGGAUGGCUGAGCUUUGUGCAGCGGUCGAGGGCUCUAGAAUCAUGGAUAGCUCGAGGUGGUCGAUCGUUGCACAAGAUGGGAUUGAGAUGAACGUGUACAAUGGUGUUGCGACUUUUAGAAUAGAUUGUCGGAUAAUCUGUCGUUGUCAUUAGUGGUUUGUAUGAAAUGACGGUACGCAAUUUUGUAGAAUAUCGGGAAUGCCAGCUCCCUGACUGUGGAAGAAUGUAUAGUGUAGAGACAAUUCUUUCCCCAUAUCAAUUGUUUGUACAGAAGAUGAUACGCAAUUUUGUAGAUUAUAGAGAAGGGUAGUUCUCUCACCUUGAUAGAAUGUACAGUGUAGAGAUAAACCUUGAUUACUACUUGCAGCUUACUCCAUUUUUCUUAUAUAAAAAUGUCUAUAUUGCUUGU